GGGGACUGGAACCGAUUUGCCCCUCCAGUCCGACGAAGCUAUGGCAUUUGGGUGGAUGAGUGGUCUGAUCAACCAAAGAACCGCCAAAUCGAAUUUUCAUGUCAUUCCAGUUUUCAAUCUUGGGGCUCUUGUACGGCUGGCGCAACUCAAGACCGUGGUCAAUUUGAUGUCUAUGGAGAUGACUACUUUGCCAACCGUCAGUACAUGCCUUUAGGUGCCGUCCACACAUCAGCUACCAACUGCAUCCUUCCAACCUGCUUCGUCCAAUCAAUCCAUGCCACCUCCUCAACCUUCGUCCAAUGUGGAACCGACAUCAACCUCUACACCCACGGUCCAUCCCCUGCAGUCCCUGCUACCUCGGUCUUCGUCUUCGAUCUCGUUCUCGCGCUCCACGUCGAGAUGAUUCCCGUCAGCGCAUCCGCCUUCAUGCAGAAUCAAUUCAACUUGAAGAAGGUGAUAAACUUGUGGAUCAACCACUCGAAUGACACUUGGACCGCUCAAGUGAAAUAUGCCCUUGAAGAUCCAAACCGCACAAAAGCCGCAAAUGAGAUCGCCGAAGAAGAUCGACCACGGACCAUCAAGACGGUGAAUUCCCAACUUCACCAGUUAACAGCUGAACAAGAGAUCAAGCAGAUUGCCCCAGAUAUUCCUGACAACAGAUGCGCUCUCAUGGUUCAGAUUUUGGCUGGAGCAGGAUUACUCAACAAGGUUGGUUUUUCCAUUGCUCGCAGGAUGGUCCUGCCGAACACCGAUAAGUAUGCCUUGGUGAUCCCUAUGCCUGAAGUUUCGGCAAAGGGUGUGGUGACCACGUCAGAGAAAUAUGCCAUCAUUCGCAGCGAACACACCACUGUCAGCAGCAUCGCUAUCACCUGGGAUAGCUUGCCUUAUCCCCUUCCAUCGGAACGGAAAACAUCAGAGAAGCCUCCAUCCAAAGAAGAACCCCAUCCUCCAGAGGAACUCCCUGAUUUUCAAGAAGGAAUCCCUUUCACAUGUGGAGCUUUCUUCAAUUUGAGUUUUGAUGGGCUCUUGCAACGUAGUCGCUUCUCUGUGGUGUCAUGGCAAGCUCUGACCGCUCUCGAUCACCAACAUCAGCUCGCAAUCGACCUGUGCCUUCUGCUCCACGACAAGAUCUACCAAGAUUUGGACCUAUGGGAGCAGCAGUCCGGACCUUACAAAAUAUGUACCCCUGAAGCUUCUACACCUCCUCGUCCUGGUCAAGCCAGCUCUUCAGUCAAGCCAGUUCUUCCAGUCAAGCCACGCCCAUCCAGCGCGCACUCUUGGGCUCAGCGGCCCCUGAACAUUACAGAACUCUUUCGCUGCAAGCGAUCGAUGCCUCCAUCAGCUGGUGGAAAGGCAAAGCUGCUCCUCGAGCAUCUGCACUUUGUGCGCCUUGGUCCCUGUUACGUCCUGGCCAAAAAGAAGAAGAACUACACGGCUGGACGACCGAUCAUAUCCUUUGUCGUUGGAUGCCCUAAUCACUUCGUAGUUGGUGAUGUCUAUGCAUUGCUCAAGCUUCUCAAAGAGGCACCGAGGUAUGACGACCGCAGAAUUUUCAACCAGGAUCUGGCAGGAUUCUUUAUGAGCAUCGAACCUGACAGGCUUUUAGGCUCCCGCUUGAUUUCCUCAGACCUGCCUCACAUGAAUGUGAAUGGCAAUGAAGUUUUCUCACUCUAUCCGGGGAAGACCAACAAGCCCGACCUGGCUCCGUAUGAGAUCUUGCUUGAUGAAGGCUUGUAUGGCAAACCCAUCAUUCUGGAACAUGCUGGAUCCAGCGAUAUGAUCCAUACUCGCUCUGACCUGCUGCCGGCAUUGACUGCCACUGACCAAGAAGGACUUUUCAAUGGCAAGAUGAUGGCCUUAAAUUCCUUUCUCUUCGCGGACUUCACCCAGCCCUACAUCAUGCUCGUGGCUCCAAUCAGAGUCUCACUUCCCACCCGCUGCUGCCCUUUUUUUGCCCAUGGCUACAGCCGGGGACAGAGCCCGAAGAUUGUCGCGAAGACACAGACUAGCAGCGAGGGCGAGGGUUGCGAGGGCAUUGGCGGCUCGAUCGCGGGGAACUGGGAAGUAGGUACGCUGGGUUGCUUGGCUGGGUUAACUGGCACGCAUGGGUUGGCGGAAGAAGAUUUCUGGCUCAUGGACACAGAUGCUAGAGGGACGGCGCGCGGUUGCCGCCGAAAACAUGUCAAACGAGAACCCUAUAGUCCAGCCUCGCUGCUCAAGACCUGUCAUAACGGAACCCUGGCGGACAUGGCCCCCCAAGCGACCAUGAAGAGCCUUGCCGCCUCAGACGUGCCAAAAGGGAAUUUGGCAGACGUUGGCCCAAAGCGACCAUGUCAGUUUGAAACCCCCAGGGACACGGGCAAGCAGCUCGAAGCAGCGCCCUGGAGGAUUGCGUAA